AUGCGGCUCUCCAGGCGCGUUCAGCUGAAUCCGGAGGUCAUUGAUUCAAGCCUUCAGCGACUGAACUGCGUCUCACAAAACAUCAUAGAAGUGGAUAUUUCUCCAACUGUCCUGGCGCUUCUCACUUCUGUGGCACCGGAUGUUGUGCGCCAGCGCGUAGCCGAAUUGCCGUCGCGCGCUGCGGGUGAUAUUGGAAAAGAAGAAGCAAUAGACUUUGGUGGUGCGGGGAUGAAUACGGCGCUGGCACUCUCUCUUCACACCGUCCUUCUCUCCCGUAAUCGGUUGACAACAACCUUGGGCCUCGUGCAGUUCAAGAAUGUUGUGCGGCUUUCCUUGCUGGGUAACAGGGUGCGACGCAUCGAGGACUGCGAGGCACUUUCUUUGCUCCCCUCACUGCAGUACCUCACGCUGGAGUUCAAUCCGGUGACCUCGCUCCCACAUUAUCGCGCCCACAUUCUGCGCAUCUGUUCCUGGCCUGACACUCUCAACUCAAAAAAUUGUCGGCUGAGAAAGCUGGACACACGGUCUGUUUUGCCGGCCGAGGUAGAGCGAGCUGCGCAGUGCCUCCAGCGCGAAAAGGUCACAUUGGGGGAGCUUGUCCAUCGUAUGCGGUUUUUGGCUCUCCUGUCCGAGGCUGAGAAAAGAAUAGCGCUACACAACGAGAUUCGUCGCCGGGGCUUCAUGUUACAAGACAGUUUUCUCACUCUCACGGUUGAGAGUAUUGUGACUAGGUGCUCGGCACAGCUGUUGGCUCUCGUCGAUGUAAGCACCGCGUCACAUCUCGCGCGGCGUCUCAUGGGCGGGAAAUGUCGCAUUUGUGCCGUUACUCCAGAGAGUUCUUUUGACGAUGACAAUUCUAACGAGAAGGAACUUUCGCAGCUGGCAACUUCGUUUGGUCAUUCGCUCUCCAGUUCAAAAACAUUGUCACUCCAACAUCCCUACCAGGCUGAAUUAACGGCCUUCUGCAAAGACUGGUCAAGGGACGUCUUUCGUCGUGCCACGACAUCACUCGAUCACCGUAUUUGUGGCCUUCUCUUGAACAUCGCCCACGCUCUGGGUGAAGAACUCACAGUGAUGGAUGUGGAUUACUUGAAUAAACUUUGGUUCACGCAGAUUGCCAAGGUUGACAGCUGCAAAUUCUACCAAUUUCAGAAGCUCAAGGAAAAACCCGUAGCUAAUGGAAAUGCACCUACAGUUGCUGCAAGAAGUGAGAAACCAUGCGAGGGAAUUAACGGCUCAAUGAAGGAAUCCACGUGGGAGGAAUUUGUUCGUGUGCCACUCAGUCCCAGCGAAACCCACCCGCAUGCUCCGCGCGUGGAGGCGAUGAAUGGCAAUGAGGAUGUUUUAUCGCUACGCAGCAUUUCUCCCAUCACCCAGCAAACUGUGAAGUGCAGCGACGUUGUUGCAAAUUGCGAACGGCAGAAAUCGAGCUGUGAUGCACCAGAACACUCAUUUCAGAAACUGCCUGAGAUGGAAAAGGUGCCAAACGACGGUAACAACGGAGAUGAGCUGAAGAAGUCCCCAAAGGUGGAAAAGUGCAACAGUGAUUGGACUUCGAUUGAGGAGUUUCCACUGAUGGCACCCGUUCCAUUUCCUGCACCGAAGGAUGAGCUUGCGCUUGAGCAAGAACUGUUUCACAAGCUAAAGUGUCAUGUAAGGCGUCGCAUUCUGCGUGUGUGGAGGUCGAAGGUGAGGCGAAAGCAGCAGGAAACGCUCUGUGCAAAUUUCAUUCAAAGACGUUUUGAAGGUUUGCUGACUCUUUCAACCCCAACGCCACACGCUAUCUCCAGCACGCUUCAAAUGCUCCCGCGGAAGGAGCAAAAGCGUGUGCUCUUUCAGCUUUGGCGCGAGCAGGCUCGAAUGUCGUAUGCUCCCCGGUUACUCCGUCUGGCGCAGCUUUUCUCACGGUGGCGAUGGCGGACGUACCAGCAGGAGAUUAUUAAUUAUUUUGCCGAGAAACGCCGCACGCGAACGUUAACUGAAGUGUGGCAUUGUUGGGCUGAAGCACUGCAUGUGCACAUCGCAGAUAGACGCAAUCGUUCAGGGGAAAAGAUACACAAAAUAGCUGUUCUCCCUGACGCGACGUCUGGCUUUCAAUCACCCGUUCGAAAUGGUUGCAACCGCAUGAUGAUUUCUUCAGACAGACGACUAAAGGAACCACGCGACGUUUUUUUAGAAAAUUGUUCUUCAUUUAAGGUGACAACAGAUGCAACACCGGGUCUCACGUGCAGCACAAAACCAUCUGUGAAUGGUGCGUUUAGCGUGCCGCAAAUGCCUCAUUUAGAAGGCACUUCUGCAACUGCCUCUCGUAUUUCAUUGCCGAUGGCAAUUCCGAAAAUGGUCCAUUCUCCGUCUGUCCAACCACCCUUCUCUUGUGAAAAAGCAACACAGACAACAUUACCACCAUCGAACGACGGCGUUGCUGAGGAAUGCAAGGAUGAAUUUUGUUUAGAGGCCAAGAAGGCAGUAGAAGUGAUGCAAGCUGACCGUUUACGUCUUGUUGAUCGUUUGAUCGCGCUGGAGCAACGGGUGUGUGAGGAAUCCUUGCGUGUUCAGCAUCGAGAAGAGGAGAUUGAGGAUCUCAAGCAAAAGCUCAAAGCCAUGACGGUUCGUGAAGAGUGUGUGGGUUCUACCAUCGGCGACUAUCAACGAGAGAUCGAACAUCUGAAGGUUAUUGUUCGGGCUCUGCGAGAGGAGAGGCGGGAGUUGUUACGUCCCAUUUUUCAGUGA